UGUCUUAAAUAAUCAAUGAAAUAUCUUAAUCUAUGAAAAUUUACUGAUCAUAAAAAAUUUAUCCUAACAUUUUGUUCGGAAAUACCUUUUUUUCCCCUCUUCUUUUAAAAUUUACUCAUCUAUAGUCUAUGGGCUAGAGUGUUCUCACUGUGCCUGGUCACAUGUAGAGGCCCACAAUGGUUUCAUAGUGAGAUCUGAGCUUGCUUUGUCCAGCAGGGCUGCAUUAGAGGAUUGCUUGAUCAUGUGUGUAGUUACCAGGUGAUUGGAAAGGAUCUGUAUUUGGCUGUGCUAGGGAGAGAUCUUUUGCUCCAUCCCUUGGCAUUCCUGUAAAUAGUCCUUUAGAAUAGAAGAAAGUGGCCAGUGGAUAAUGAUCCAGGCCCUUCUGAGGCUAUCCUGUGUUUCUGUCUGUUUCUCUCCCCUCUAUCCUUCUAUCUAAUAUCACUUAUGCCUCUCUCCCCAAGAGUUCCUGGCUGUAACAUGUGGGAGCCCAUCUCCCAGGUGUGCUCCCACACAUAGUGCCAGGAACAGAGACAGGGGACUUGGUGAAAAGAGAAAGGGGGCAUCGCAUUUGUAAGGGGGCAUGCCCAAUAUGGAAUUAAAAAUAAAGAUGAUGGCAUUUUGUUCUCAGGAGUGAAAUAAUGCAGCUGAAUGCUGAAGUUGAAAAGAGAAGCUGUAGCAAAUAUUUCUCUCUAUCUAGGCUUCUUUCUUUUUUUCUCUCUUAAUUUCUGUCUAUAAAAAUUAAGGAAAAAUAUAAGGUAGAAUAUAGGAAUAUAGUGUAGAAAAAACUUAGAUAAGAUAAGCAACCAAACAGAGGAACUAUGUCCUUGAUUUUCCAACUAUGAGACUGUGAAUGCAAACUCCUGGAGAAGAAUCAUAGAAAAAAAAACUAUCAAAGAUGAGAAAAAUGGGCAGAAAAAAAUUCCUGUGGAAGCUUUUGGCCUGUGAACAGCUUAAAUUUAAGUCUUGAGUGGCAGAGGAAAGAAUUUUCCCUGAGGUGGAUGCAAGUGAAAUAAAACUCUUCACUCCACUAACAUUGUUACUAUAUGAUAACAUCGUACCAUCAGAAUUAGUUUCCUUGGCCACAAAGCCAAGUUUAGAGAACAGAAAUCUUGGGAAAAACUCAGCAAUCUUUCUCUCAAAAACUGAAAGCUUUCUUAGGAAAAACUUAGUAAUCUUUCUCUAAAAAAAUGAAAGCUUUUUUAAGUCUUCCCUUCUCAGAUCUCUUUUCUUCCUGUAAGGACAAAAUUAAACUCACCUGGAAAAAUCUAUCAGAAUGAUAAAAUCACCCAUAUUUGCCCCAGAAAAAAACAAACAAACAAGAAAAUCCCUCUUGGAAUAUGGCAAAUACUCUUUAUUGGUACUGUCUCUCUUUCAAGCCAGUAUUAGAAAAACAGCAGCCAGAAUUCUCUGCGGGAAGAGCCUAUGCCCAAGAAAGUGCAGGCAGAAAUCCCAACAGGAACAGCUUCUCCCAGGGUGGAGCUCCAGCAGAGGUGGUAAGGGACCUGGGGAGGAGCUGCUGGCAUGAAGGCAGCAAUGGAGGCUUUGAAAUCCUCCCUGCAAUGAGGGAGGCAGGGUCUAAGUUCCUAGAUUGAGGACUCAAGACCCUACCCCCAGAACAGAAAGCAGUUAGCAGAGAAACUGAGCCUUAGCUAAGUCAUCAGAGACUCUACAUCUUGGAGGAAAGGACAAGUGGGGACAAGAAGGAGAUCUAUCAAGGGAAAAAAACUCCCUGAAAAGGCUAAAAAUGCUUUUAUUUCAAGGACUUUAUUUUCUUUCACUGACCUGGUAUGAUGGGAAACAAGCGCUGAUCCAUAAGCAUGUGUGGGUGGGCAUGGUCUGCUCUGGGAAAAAUAUCAGGAAAAUGAAAUGUACCUAUCAAUGCCAGCUCAGGGAGAACAGAAAUCUCCUGUGAUAAAAGAACAAAAUCUUGACUGAAAAACCUCCCAUGGUAAAAGCAAAAGCUUGAAUACAGACCAUGUAAAGGGAAGUUUCCUCCUAGACUCAGAAAGGCAGCUUCGGAAAUGUACUCUGUAAAAGAGAUAUUGGUACUGCACUGCCCCAAAACUUUGCUUUUUCAGUGUUUAUUCAGCUCAAAAUGCUAUUUUUUUUUCCAUAAGCUUUGUUGGCUCCCUUCCGAUAACUAGAAACAAGUAAACAGCUUGCUUGUCAGGAGGCAAUUAAGAUGCUAAUACUAUUUGUCAUCAAGUCACUCUGAAACCCUUUAGAAAACUAGGGAAAGAGGUCCAUACACUGGGAAAUUGCUUGGGGUAUGGAAAAAGAAAAAAACUUAUGGGCAAAUAAAAAUAAAAAAUAAUAAACUUGGGUUGUGUUUGAAAUGCAAGAGAGAAACAUUGACAUCACUGAAACGCUCAUGAUAAUCGUAAAAAGCAGCUUUAAAAAAUUAAGAAGAGGGAAUUUUACCCUCAGUCAAGUUUAGAGCACUGAUGAAUUAGGCACUGACUGAAAACUGUCAGGAAAACUUUCAUAAUGAUAUCAAAGCUGACUAUGAACUCCAAACUUUAAAAAUGAUUUGUGUACUUCCUUUUUUGGUAAUAGUGCAGUUAAGAAAUCUUUUCUAGAUGCUUGCUAAAGUUGGUAAAGUAGUCCUAUAGAGUUUGCUUUUGAAUAGGUUAGUUCUGUUAAGAAAUUCUUCUAGAAUUGUGUUCGCAGCCGUCGCCGCGCCGCCGCCGCUCCCUAACGCCAGCGCCGCCUCUCGCUUGCAGAGCUCCAGCCGAAGGAGAAGGGGGGUAAGUAAGGAGGUGCCCAUACCAUGGCUCAUACAAAGCAGACUGCCCGCAAAUCCACCGGUGGUAAAGCACCCAGGAAACAACUGGCUACUAAAACCGCUCGCAAGAGUGCGCCCUCUACUGGAGGGGUGAAGAAACCUCAUCGUUACAGGCCUGGUACUGUGGCACUCCGUGAAAUCAGACGUUAUCAGAAGUCCACUGAACUUCUGGUUCGCAAGCUCCCCUUCCAGCGUCUGGUGCGAGAAAUUGCUCAGGACUUCAAAACAGAUCUGCGCUUCCAGAGUGCAGCUAUUGGUGCUUUGCAGGAGGCAAGUGAGGCCUAUCUGGUUGGCCUUUUUGAAGAUACCAACCUGUGUGCUAUCCAUGCCAAAUGUGUAACAAUUAUGCCAAAAGAUAUCCAGCUAGCACGCCGCAUACGCGGAGAACGUGCUUAAGAGUCCACUAUGAGGGGAAACAUUUCAUUCUCAAAAAUUUUUUUCCUCUUCUUCCUGUUAUCAGUAGUUCUGAAUGUUAGAUAUUUUUUCCAUGGGGUCAAAAGGUACCUAAGUAUAUGAUUGCGAGUGGAAAAAUAGGGGACAGAAAUCAGGUAUUGGCAGUUUUUCCAUUUUCAUUUGUGUGUGAAUUUUUAAUAUAAAUGCAAGAUGUAAAGCAUUAAUGCAAGCAAAAUGUUUCAGUGAACACAUUUCAACAGUUCAACUUUAUAACAAUUAUAAAUAAACCUGUUAAAAUUUUCUGGACAA